CUGCGCAUGCGUGAUCAUUCAACAACGUUCUGUCUCAGAAAGAAGCUAGUGCUCCGGAGCGUCGUCACCAGCCAUGACUGAACAACGAAACGGUGAACAAACGCCUCCCGCGUUUGCCUUCAUCAAAGAAGCAACCCCGGGUACAAGCCGCGAAAGCGGCGAGGAUGCCUCAGGCCCUUCGGACGAUUACCCUGCGUAUAUUGACGAGUACAUCAAUGACGCGUUGAAGGCGUUGAACCGCCAGACCGAUGCCACUGACGUCAAUGAUGCCACUGACAGCGGAAGCGCCAACUACGCACCCGUGGUGUCCACCGCUAGUGCUGAUCACGCCUGGCCCAGAACGAGCCACGCUGACAUCGAGAAACUAUCCUCCCCUACGAAAGACACAGCGAGCUGUUCUGACGACGCCUGGCGUUGCCAGCGGAACGCGCAGCACAGGCCGAUAGCCGACCAGACGUACAACCUAGACGGUGUCUAUUCCAGCCGUAGCCUUAGUCACGUGCACCUGGGGCCCACAAGCAGCAUCGAUCACAAGAAGCCCAGCACAAGCCGCGCUGGAAUGGUGGAGGCAUCAGCAAGUUUACAAUACGGAGCCAGAAAUCCUCACACCACGCGGGUUCACCAAAGCAACACGCAGUACUACUCGACUGCAGGCGCAUCCACCAUGCAGGGCUAUACACACAACAGAGAAACCGGAAGCACUAGUUUCACACUUCCAGUCUACAGCAGCAGCGUCGGUGGCAAAUACGCAGUGGCCAGUACAAGCCACGCGGGCACGGAGGAAGCAUCGGGCAUUCUGGGAAAUGAUGCUAGAAUUCCUGACGCCAGCGGCGCUGAGCCAUGGAGUAUGCAGUACUACGCGGCUUGUGGCACAACUACAGUCUCCGGCCAUACACAUGUCACUGAAAGCGGAAUCACCAGUUCCCUACCUAUGGCGUCCAGCAGCAGCGUCAAUCACGGACAGCCCAGUACAAGCCGCGCUAGAAUGGAGGAGGCAUCGGCCGUUACGGAAAACAUCGCUAGGAAUGCUCCUGGAACCGUAGGAAGGGAACAACGAGAGUUGUGUGGUGUCUUACACGGACACGCCAAGGAACCCACGGAUGACACAACCCAGAUUUGUAGAGCCUGUGAUCAAUCGUCUGUGAAGAUGUCUAAAUCUGUAGAACAUUUCCGCAACCGCACUGGCAAAAAACGCAAAUGCGAAACCUGUGGUAAAGAGUUCCACCGGGCUUAUGAUCUAACUCAUCACCGCACGCAUACAGACGAGAGACCCUACAAAUGCCAAGUAUGUGAAAAAUCGUUCCGGCAUUCUUGUCAUCUAAAAAUCCAUAACCGCACUCAUACAGACGAGAGACCCCACAAAUGCCAAAUAUGUGCUAAAUCGUUUCGGCAGUCUAGUCAUCUAGAUAACCAUAGGCGCACACAUACAGACGAGAGACCCUACAAAUGCCAAAUAUGUAAUAAAUCUUUCAGGCAGUCUAAUCAUCUAGAUAACCAUAAGCGCGUGCACACAGGUGAGAAACCAUAUAUUUGCAAAACAUGCAGUAAAUCAUACACACAGUUGGCAACUCUCCGUACACAUGAGCACACUCACGCAGAGGAGAAACCUCAUGCAUGCCAAAAAUGUGGUAAAUCAUUUGAAAAGAAAUAUGACCUCAAGAGACAUUUAGACUGCCAAUGUGGAAACAGCGCUUUUGUUUGCGAAAUCUGUGAUCGAUUCUUUAUGAAGAAUUCGACUCUUCUUCGUCACCGCCGAACAAAGCACGUGGAUGAAACUCCUUUUGAGUGUAUGCAGUGUGGUUGUCGUUUUGCAGACAAAGAAACACGCGAUAGGCAUCUGUGCCAGGAGGAACGCAAGAUGUGAAUGAUUCCGUCUGGUUUUUCGAAAUUGCGCGACAAGAUCUAAUCACCAGAACUAUUUGGGGUGCUUCAAUAUCAAAAAACACUGUAGGUCCUGGCCAGCGCUCACUGUUCCGUGAACUACGUUGUUGGUGAACGUCGCUUAAACAAACUGAUUCCAAGACAAACCUUAAUGAGCUGCAAGAUUGUGUUUUGCGUAACUAGAGGGUUGAGGGAAAUGUCCCCAAAGAUCCUUGACCCCCAUUUGGUUAGGCAAACUUCUUGUGAAGGUCGUUUUACAGUGUACCAGCGAAGAAGCUUUGAUGAACCAUAUUCGUAUUGAUAUUCCAGGGUAAAAAGAAUGGAAUAUCUCUCUAGGAAGCAUUUAAUAAAGGGCGUAUUGUAUUCUUGUCAACUAAACAGUAAUUUCUGCCAUUAAUCGAGGUCUUGAGGCAAAGUUGGUUUCGAGAAGAAGCACUUGCAGAUGCUUUUAUGACAAUGCUUAACUACAUCGUAGGCGUAUGAAAAGUAUCCGCUUGAAAGUUUCUUCAAUGCAUUGACCGUUCUUUGGCGCCUGUAUGCAUACCGAAAAUGUUUUUUUCUAUACCAUAAAAUAGGCUGAUGACGAUAUUGAGACAGUAUUGGACUCGAAUCAUGUGGGAAUUCAUGAUAUGACAUGGUCUCCCCCUAAGAAUAUUUUUAGUUGUUUUAUUGUGGCAGGACUUCUGAAGUUUAAUAGACGGCUUUUCAUCUACUCAAAAUUCGUCUGUUUUGACUCGGACUGCUCUCUAGUAGCAGCUGUCAAAUCUUUUUAGCCUGAAGGGACAGAACUUUCUGUGCAAAAAUGACAAUAAAUGUGUGACA